CCACAGUAAACCUCAACACUUAUCACCACCUACUUCACAAGAUCAUAGACGAGAAACGAAGACAGAAGCAGAAUGAGUGCCACAGCGCUGCAGACCACAGGUUUUGUAUCAGGUGCCAUCGGUACAGUUGGAGUUCUUGCAGCUACAGUUAUGGAUGUCUGGUGCACUGAAGACCAGCAGGAGAACAAGGCAACUUCCAUCCAGCAUUAUAAGGGCCUGUGGAAGGACUGUGAGGUGUCUCAGUCUGGACUCACUGAGUGCCAACCUCUCUACAGCCAACUGAGCUUCUCAAGAAUCCUUCAGACUAUAAGAGCUCUGAUGAUAGUAGCAAUUUUAGUUGGUGUGAUUGCAGUGUUCAUUGGAUUCUUCUGUCUAAAGUGCCUCAAUAUGAGAUGCAUGGAUCUACUGACCAAGGCAAAACUGAUGCUAAGUGCAGGGAUUUUGUUUAUCAUUGCCGGCAUUUUUGAUAUUUCUGGAUCAUCAGUGUAUGCCGAUCAAAUGGUGCCCAGUUUCAUGAUGAGCCAAUACAAUCAAAAGCAAGAUGAGAAGGGAGUGAUACAAUGUGGGAAUGGCAUGGGAGGAAUGAAUUCAUUUGCUUCCAGCUACACAUUUGGUCCAGCUCUCUAUGUAGCCUGGGUAGGUGGAGCUCUGUUAAUUUUGGGAGGAAUUUUGAAAUGCAUCGCCUUCAAAACUAUGGAAACGAUAACACUGAAACAAGACAGGGAUGUAUUUACAACCACGCAGUCCAGCACAGUGGAGCAGAUGCAGAGUGUCACUUGCAUGAGAGGAGAACAACAACAAAUUGAAUGAAAGAAAAACAUUCUCUGAAAGAAUGCCUUGCAUUGAUGAACAGAAGUAAUCUUUUUAGAUUCUGAAGAUAUUUUGAUAAUUACAGUUAAAAAGUGUUAAAUGAUUUGUUAUGUCUAUUCAGAUAUUAUGGCUUGUAUAUGGGUAAAUUGGUCAGAUAACGUUUGUGACACAGGGAGUGUCACAGAAACUUAAGGUUCAAUAGCUAAUCACUGUAAAUAAUUUGCUGUUUAAAAUUCUAAUAAACUACCAGUUAUACUUGA